UGGGUAAGUGCUGGUGGUUUCAAGCAUCAGACAGCCCUCCCGGGUGCCAGCCUGCAGACGCCUUUUACUCCAAUUCCUCCAGUAGAUAGUUGUAUUCCUUCAAGGCAAAAGAGUGUGGUGGUUUCCGGAUGAAAUGUUUGCUGUUGCUUUCUUCAUCUUAUUUUUGAUGACUUGUCAGCCUGGGGUAACUGCACGGGAGAAGGUGAACCAGAGAGUAAGUCGGGCUGCUACCCCCACGGCAGUCACCUGUCAGCUGAGCGACUGGUCGGAGUGGACAGAGUGCUUUCCAUGCCAGGACAAAAGGUACCGACACCGGAGCCUCUUGCAGCCGAACAAGUUUGGGGGGACCAUCUGCAGUGGUGAUAUCUGGGAUGAAGCCAGCUGUUCCAGUCCCACACCCUGUCACAGGCAAGCACAAUGUGGACAGGAUUUCCAGUGUAAGGAGACAGGUCGCUGCCUGAAACGCCACCUGGUGUGUAACGGAGACAGGGACUGCCUUGAUGGCUCUGACGAGGAGGACUGUGAAGAUGCCAGGGUCUUUGAGGAUGACUGCAGCCAAUACGAACCGGUUCCAGGAUCACAGAGGGCCGCGCUGGGGUACAAUAUCCUGACCCAGGAAGCGACUCAGAGUGUGUACGAUGCCAGUUACUACGGGGGCCAGUGUGAGAUGGUUUACAACGGAGAAUGGAGAGAACUUCGAUACGACCCCAGCUGUGAGCGUCUCUACUAUGGAGAGGACGAGAAGUACUUCCGCAAACCCUACAACUUCCUCAAGUACCACUUUGAAGCCCUGGCUGAUACUGGAAUGUCCUCAGAGCUGUACGAUGAUGCAAAUGACCUUCUUUCUACAGUAAAAGAUGACAAGUCUAAGUCGGGUGGUGUGACCCUGGGCAUAGGCCCAGCCGGCAGCUCUGUGAUGGCGGAAUUAGGUGUGCGUGGAUCAGAAGACUCUUCGUUCUUGAAUAAGUUAAGCAAGUAUAAUGAGAAGAAAUACAGUUUCAUGAGAAUUUUCACGAAGGUGCAGACGGCCCAUUUUAAGAUGAGGAGGGACAACAUCAUUCUGGAUGAGGGGACGCUGCAGUCGCUGGUGGAGCUCCCGGAGCAGUACAAUUACGGCAUGUACGCCAAGUUCAUCAACGACUACGGCACCCACUACGUCACGUCCGGAUCCAUGGGUGGCACUUACGAAUAUAUCCUGGUUCUUGACAAUCAAAAAAUGAAGUCUCUUGGUAUCACCAGCAAUGAUAUCAAAACCUGCUUUGGAGUCUCUUUGGGCUUUGAGUAUGAGUACACAGACAGCAUAACCGUCCAAGGAGCCUUAUCAGGAGAUCAUUGUGAAAACUUUGGAACGGGCAAAACUGAAAGCAGCAUGCAGGCCAUGGGCGUGGAGGACAUCAUUUCUCGGGUGCGAGGCGGCAGUUCUGGCUGGGGCGGCGGCUUGACGCAGAACCAGAGCACCGUCACCUACCGUUUCUGGGGGAGGUCGUUAAAGUAUAAUCCUGUUGUUAUCGAUUUUGAGAUGCAGCCCAUCUACGAAGUGCUACGGCACACAAACCUGGGGCCGCUGGAGGCCAAGCGGCAGAACCUGCGCCGGGCCCUGGACCAGUACCUGACGGAGUUCAACCCCUGCCGCUGCGGGCCCUGCUUCAACAAUGGGGAGCCCAUCCUCCAGGGCACCAGCUGCAGGUGCCAGUGCCGCCAGGGCUACCAGGGCCCUGCCUGUGAGCAGACGGAGAUAGAGGGAGCCAAAGCGGAUGGGAGCUGGAGCUGCUGGGGUUCCUGGUCUGCGUGCACAGCAGGCACCCAGGGGAGGAGGAGACAGUGCAACAACCCCGCACCCCAGAAUGGAGGGGCCUCAUGCCCAGGGCGGGAAGUGCAGUCCCAGGCUUGCUAAGGCCUCUGGGCACAGCCUGGGCUGGAGCUGCCGUGUGCCACCAGAGCUGGCUGUUGGAUACGGACCACUUUUAGCUGAGAGAGGAUACGCGUCAGCACAGACGACUCUUCAUCCUGCCAGGCCUAAGACUGGCCAUCCCAUGGACAUCCACCUGUCCCAUCAGCUACACCACUCAGUUGUUCAUUCAACCUCUGGGUGGGGAAUAUUAACUAGAUGCUCAGUCCUGCUCACAGCAUGUUGUAGCAUCUAAAAGAAACAAUGAAAAACCCAAGAAAACUGAAUCCAUGACUGAAGAAAAUUUAUAGGAUGGUGGAGGGGCAUGGCAGGCCGACACUUUUGAUAAAAUUGAUGUCCAAUAAAACAAAAUAUGGUAAGAAU